CAUGAAUCACAUACCUCUUCAGGAGUGCAUGGCUCUUACAUACUGUGUCGAGCAAAGAAAACCAAGAAAAUAAACCUUGUAAGAUUACUUGAAUAGUUGGUUGAUACACCAAUUGGAAAAUCAAUGAAAGUCCUUUCAGCUCUGUUUGUAUACUCCUUACUCUCCUUCUUAAGAACCUCCUCUACACUAGACACCAUCACUCCAAGUCAAUCUAUCAGAGAUGGUGAGACUUUGGUUUCAGCUAGUGGAAGAUAUGAAUUGGGAUUCUUCAGCCCAGGUAGUUCGAAAAGCCGGUAUGUGGGAAUAUGGUUCGGGGUAUCUAAUGACACAGUUGUGUGGGUAGCCAACAGAGAGAUCCCCCUUAAAAAUCACCUUGGAGUGCUCAAGGUUACCAACAGAGGAAUUCUUGUCCUCCUUGAUAGUACAAAUACUUCUGUUUGGUCAUCCAAUAUAUCAAGAACUGCAGGGAAUAAGAUCAAUAAUCCAACUGCACAGCUCUUGGAUUCAGGAAAUCUUGUUGUGAAAGAUGGAAAUAAUAGUGACCCAAAGAGUUUUUUGUGGCAGAGUUUUGAUCAUCCAAGCGACACAUUACUACCAGAUAUGAAGAUUGGAUGGGACUCAGCCAGUGGUCUAGAUAGGUAUUUAACAGCAUGGAAGAGCCCAGAAGAUCCUGCUCAAGGUGAAUUCUCAGGAGUACUAGAUCGUCGAGGGCUCCCACAAGUAGUUUGUAUGCAGGGAGACAAAAUAAAGGGUAGACCAGGGUCCUGGAAUGGCCUUUAUUUUACAGGGAAGCCAUGGUUAAGACCGAAUCCGUUGUUCAAGUAUGAAUUCGUGUUGAAUGAGAAAGCGGUCUAUUAUAAUUAUAAGCUCCUGAACAAUUCGAUUUUGUUAAGGUAUGUGUUAAACUCAUUAGGUAAUGGGCUGGCAUAUAGAUGGAUGGCUCGCACACAAAGUUGGGAUCUUUUAACUUCAUACCAGUCAGAUGAGUGUCAAAACUAUGGCCACUGUGGUGCAUACGCUAGCUGCAAUAUCAAUGAGUCUCCUGUAUGUGCAUGCUUGAAAGGAUUCAUACCAAAAUCUCCAAAAGACUGGAAUUCAGCAUAUUGGUCUGGUGGGUGUGUUCGAGGUACUCCAUUGGGGUGCAAUAAUGGAGACGGGUUCCUCAAGUACAAGGGGGUGAAAUUGCCUGACACAUCUUCUUCCUGGUUUGAUAGGAACAUGAAUCUCAGGGAAUGUGAAGAAUUGUGUUUGAAAAAUUGCUCAUGCAGAGCAUAUGCAAAUUUAGAUAUUAGGAAUGGAGGAAGUGGUUGCUUGCUUUGGUUUGCUGACCUAGUUGAUUUAGUUGUACUCCAAAUGGGUGGGCAAGACCUUUAUAUACGUGUGGCCGCUUCAGAACUAGAUCAUAUUGAGAAGAACAGGCACUUUGUCCAAAAAUAUCAAGUAAUAAUCAUAGUCUGCAGUGCAAUACUACUCACGGUAAUGUUAACAUUGGGGCUGGUCACAUAUGUGAGGAGGAUGAAACUUAGAAAGGAAGGAAUCAAUAUAAGACGUCAAAAUGAUUAUAAUAAUGAAGACAAAAAGGAAGAUAUGGAAUUACCGAUAUUUGAUCUAAUAACCAUAUCUAAUGCCACUGAUAACUUUGCAAACAAUAACAAGUUAGGAGAAGGUGGUUUUGGAUCUGUCUACAAGGGUACAUUGCUUGGGGGGCAAGAAAUAGCUGUAAAGAGACUUUCAAAGAAUUCUGGACAAGGAUUGAAUGAGUUCAAAAAUGAAGUUAUAUUAAUUGCCAAACUUCAACACCGCAAUCUUGUGAAGCUGCUCGGUUGUUGCAUUCAAGAACAAGAAAAGUUGUUAAUCUAUGAAUACAUGCACAACAAAAGCUUGGACUCAUUUAUUUUUGACCAAUCGAAGAGUAGACUACUUGAUUGGCGUAUGCGCCACAAAAUUAUUGGUGGCAUUGCUAGAGGGCUUCUUUACCUUCAUGAAGACUCUAGAUUGAGAAUUAUCCAUAGAGAUCUUAAAGCUAGCAAUGUCCUACUAGAUAAUAAUAUGAACCCAAAAAUUUCUGACUUUGGCCUUGCUAAAACAUUUGGGGGAGAUCAAACAGAGGCUGAUACCAAUAGAAUUGUUGGAACAUAUGGUUAUAUGCCUCCUGAGUAUGCCGGGUAUGGACAAAUCUCAGUGAAAACCGAUGUUUUUAGUUUUGGAGUUUUAUUAUUAGAGAUUGUGAGCGGGAAGAAGAACAAGGAAUUGUGUAACUCUGGUCAAUGUCUUAAUCUUCUAGGACAUGCAUGGAAACUAUGGAUUGAAGACAAGCCAACGGAGCUGAUAGAUGAAUUCUUAGUCUUAGGUGACUCCUGCAUUUUAUCUGAAGUGUUACGAUACAUUCACGUGGGUUUGUUAUGUGUACAACAAAGACCAGAAGAUAGGCCAAACAUGUCAUCUGUGGUUCUAAUGUUAAGCAGUGACAAUUCAUUGCCCAAUCCAAGGCAGCCAGGUUUUGUUGCAGGAAAGACUCCACUUGGAGAAGAUUCUUCAUCAGGAAAUCUUGAAAUGCCUUCAAUAAAUGAAGUCACCAUUACAGUGUUAGAAGCAAGAUAGGAUAUCAUCACUUGAGUCUUGAGAGAAAAACGAUCAGUUUAAUAUCUUUUGUUUAGAGAGAUAAAGCCUUAACAAUUUACACCGAACGAUAUUAUGUAUGGAAAAAUUUAUGUGUUCCUUGUGAAGUAGUGUUCAUUUUCGCUAAA